GCCGCCUUGAGGUCGCAUUCCUCCCUGGUCGUGGUUGUUGAAGCCUUGAAGAAUUCCUCGAUGUGGCUCUCGAGCGAGUAGAUUACGAAUGACAUGAUGGGACACCGGGGUUUCCCAGCGGGGUUGAUUGAGCCGAACUUGCUGCGUGGGCUUAGGAAAUUUUAUUCGGACUGGGUUUUGGCACCAGGCGUCUCGGAGCCACAAAUGGCCUCGCCAAUCACCAAAGUCUCGCCACCACACUCUGUGGCACCGGCUUUUACCAGUUCACGAGUGACCUCCCCAUUGCAGAUUAUUUAACCUUCCUACCUCCGUAGUGCACACCAAGUUGGUGCUCUGGACGUCCCGCAUCCCCUCCCAUUUCAGAAAAACCAUUUCAGAAAAACCGCAACAGAGCUUCUCGCUUCCCCGAAUGUCGGCUUCCCCCUCCUUUUCGGAUGAAUCGGAUUCUUCUUCGGUUGUGUACGACCACGAACCGUUCGCCACCUUUUCCUCGCGUGUGCAACAUCUCGCCGUCGGGCUUUGGCCCAAUUCCAAUGCCAGCAAUUUCGGGAUUGAGCGCCUUGGAGGCGGGGGUUUCCACCGCGUCAUCGGCUUGACACGACGACGCCAACCCGGUGUUGUUGAAGAAACGCGCUACAUUUUACGGAUUCCCCGUUUCGAUAGCGCCCGGGUCGACGACGAAGUUGCCGCCCUUUACUAUCUCGGCCGGACAACAACAAUCCCGGUGCCCGCCGUAAUCGCCUUUGACAAAACGGGGAACAAUGCACUUGGCCUGCCGUACAUGGUGCAAACUCGAAUCGCCGGAACCGAUCUUUAUUCUUCCUAUCCGGCCCUCGACCAUGCCCAACGAAUGCGCAUCGCUCGUGAACUUGGCGGCGUUUUUUUUCAACUGCUUGAAACACGUAGCAGCACAGGCGGCCGCUUCGUUUUGGGCGAGAACGGCGCAGUCCGCAUUACACCUUUGUCAACGCCAACCAACGAGGAGGAGUCCCCGUGCGAGUGGCUUUUGGCCCAGUUCUCGGUUAAGCAAGCCAACGAUCCCACCGAGAUUUUAUGGAGCGAGUUUGGCCAGAUGACUCGAGACCUUGAUGCCGGCGGGUGGUUCGGCGGCCUGCAGUACUCACUGGCCCAUCUUGACCUCGCUCCCCGCAACAUUCUCGUCGAUACGACAUCACGGAACCUUAUUACGGGCAUCCUGGAUUGGGAUUCCGUUCUGCUUGCGCCUUGCUUCAUGUCGUGUUACCCACCACUAUGGAUUUGGGCUUGGCAGGACAACGAGGAUGAGGACGAAAGAACAGCCAACGACGACCCGGGCACGGUACAAGGACGAGAACUCAAGGCUGAGUUUGAGGUAGCCGCGGGGCCUGACUAUGUUCGCUUGGCGUAUGGGGCCCCCUACCGGCUGGCACGGCGUCUCGUCCUCUUUGCCAUCCACGGCAUCCAGUCGAACGAGGAUUACAAGGAAGCCAAGGCUAUGCUGCAAGAAUGGGCUGAGGUGGAGAAAUAACUGUACUGGGCGAACCAAUUCGGCUUGAUGCAGUGAUAAGAUAGACGUUGCAGCUCUAGUAUUGCUACCUACCUACCCAAAGCAGGAUCCCGAAGGAGCAGGGUUAUUAAUGCCCAAGGUUAGCCUGAUGGAGAGGAGCAGGGGCCGCGAGCUCGGGAAGUUCAAUCCCCUCAUCGUCCGGGACCUGUUCGUGAGCAGUGCCGGCCCGGGAAGAGGAUCGCUGCCGAAACGACGGCCUCGGUCGUCGAGGCGGUGGGCAGGACGGCCCUCGCGAUCCUUUGUUCGUCGCCCUGGAAAGACUCUGGGCGGCAUCUCGGGCUCCCCCAUCACCUCAACUGCCAUCUUACGGACAGGUGCAAAAGGCCCAGUCGCAGCGCCGCGCGCGCGUGUUCUAGAAGGGAUCAUUGCCUCGUCCAUGGUCAACGACAACAGCCGAGCGUCCCUCGCCAAGGCUAGGAAAGGCUCUAGUGACAACGGUAUAAUCUACGCACACGAUGUACUGACACGAAGUUGCUUUUGUGACGUACAGGUCGCUAUGAAGAGAUUCAUCGACAAAGUUGGCAUCCUCGCCGUGGAGCGGCAGCUCAUUCGAUUUCUGCCUGGCCUUUUUCACCCCCGGAGAUGGUUUACGACUUGACGGUAGAGCGGGUCGCCCGCGCUGGCCGCCGAGGACGAGGAGGCGACCAACAAAGCGCAUCCGAUGCUGCAAACUUACUCUCUGCUCUCUAGGCUAGUAUGGUAGAUCUGAAGCGUUUGGACAGCGGCCGCGCCGAGGCGGGCGCGUUCCGAUCCUCGGGUAAAGUGCUUCCUUCCCCUACCCAGGACCCAUCCUCGCAGCAUCACAGGUCCUCGAUUGUGGGUGGGAGCGAUAUCCCAUCUCGGGCCGGCUUCACAGAGGAGUGGGAAGGCUUGCCGAUUCCCAACUCGAGCAGCAGGACCUGGCCUCAUCCAGAAUGGUCCUACUGCCUUGGAAGGCAGCUAUCGAGUGUCGCGGUCGAACAGGAGGACGACGAGGGAGAUUGGCAGCGGCAGAGCACAAGAGCCCCGCUCGCAGGAGAGGAACUGUGAUUCGACUCUCAACUCGGCUCUGAAAAUAUUUCGUGAGCAGAGAGAGCCGGCGCUUCUCUGUUAGCAUGCGUCUCAUCACGGCCGAGAAGCGAUUGACCUACGAGACGCCGUUCGAGGGCAUUGUGCAAAUGCUGACUUGGGUAAAGACGGAAGCGGGGAAACAUGACGUCUCGUAUCGUCUCCGCCUGACGGUGAUCCGAAAGGUUGCGCAGACCCACCCCGUUGUCUUGGCCUUAGCACUCUUCCGGACGUUUGAGCGACGUCAGGCGCGCUGCAAUGCGGGGGCUGCGGCGCAAACCUCGCGACGCGGCUUCACGGGCAGCCCGAGUUCGACGCGAGUGCCCGGCCGGAGGCGCACGGGUCCGUGAGCACUGCUGUUCCUCUGGAGGCAGAGUCUCUUCAAUGCCGCCGACUAUCGAGGGGACCGGCUCCUUCUGCUGGAUUUCGCUGUCAAGGACGACCGUGCCGUUGCUCGGACGUGGACUGAGCCUCCUCCGCUUUUCGGUGCUCGUUUGGCGUGGGCUGUCGUCACCGUCAGAGUCGUCGAGCCUUCUCUUGAUCGUCUUGCUCGCCCUGGUCCCGUCGAGUCCGCCGGCAGCUUCGCCUCGGCUCAACUCGGCCUCGAUCAAAGGAAUCUGGUCCAAGAUCCACGGAAGGAGGAUGCGAUGGCGCGCUACGUCCCUCUUUGCGGCUUUCAAGCAUUUUGAUAAAGGUUUGAACUCUUUAAUAAGAGCACUCCGCCUCUUGAGCCCCUCCAGCCGGCUCUCGGCAGCCAGCAUCUCUCGGUUGCCUUGUUGCAACCUCCGUAUACGUUCCGGCUUGGGGAUGCUCAGACGGCGUUGAUCUAGCUGAGUCUCGAUGUAGAUUCGCUUGGCAUUUUGUUGCGAUCUCUCUAGCGCUUCUCUGGCCAUGUCCUCUUCGUUCUUGUGUUGCCAAUCAUACUUGUCAGUCUUGAUAUAUUUUGCCGUCUCGAAUGACUGCAGCAUCCCCGUGUCUUGGAGCUUCUGCCACACCUCGUCGCGUUUUUGCUGCCGGCGCUCGAUGGCACGCGUAAACAGAUCGAGCCACCAGUACUCGAAGCAGAGGUACUCGAUCCAUGUUUCGAGCUUGCCUUGUUGUUUCGGGUCUUGGCUCAACUCAAAGGGGCGAGUAAAGCCGUGUCGGGCCAGGCGGCGUUUGACCGCGUCGACGUAAUCGGAAAAUUCCUUGACGCCCGAUUCAUAGCAGUAGUGUCGCUGCCACUUGCGCCUCCUUUGCUCACCCUCCCAGUACUGUUUGAGCUGUAAC